AUGGCUCGUGGCAACCAACGCGAAAAGUCCCGCGAGGCGAACCUCAAGAAACAAGCCGCGCAGAAGAAGGGAAAUAAUUUGAGCGGUACGGAAAUGCAGCGUAGCAAGGAGGCUGCCGCGGAGAUCAUGAGGCAAAAGCAAGCUGCGGGUAUGUCACAUCUCUGCUCCAAGAGGUUCCUUCUGAUCAAGCUUGCAGCCGAGGCCAAAAAGGCUGCCGCCGACAAGAAAUGA